GGCCGGCAGGUGGCCGACCGAAAGCUCAGCGCCAGUCCGGCAACCAACCGGACUAAUGCGGUUGUGAAGCAAAAUAUUUUGUCCUCAGGCGGGGGAAUAAAAACAGAAUGAAUCACGUUUCAGGUUCCACACCCUGGGGAAUCAAAGGCCACCCGGCGCGGGGGGUGGAUGGGGGAGCGGGUGAUGCGGUGCUCCCCCAUUCCCCGCCGGCCUCACUCCGGGCGGCCGCUGCUCGGCCCAGCACUGCCUGCGACAUGGCGGCGGCGGCGGAGCGCGGGCCGCACCGGCCGGUCACCCACAUUAUCUUCGACAUGGACGGGCUGCUGCUCGACACGGAGAGCCUCUACACAGAUGCAUUCAACGAAAUCUGUUCCCGUUAUAAUAAGGAAUUUACAUGGGAGCUGAAGAGCUCAGUAAUGGGACUGCGGUCCUUCGAUGGUGUCAAAAUUAUUUGCGAGAAGCUGGAGCUUCCAAUUUCUCCUGAAGAGUUCCUGAAGGAAGUUGCCGUCGUACAGAACAGAUUGUUCCCUUCUGCAACGUUGAUGCCAGGCGUAGAGAAGUUGGUCUGUCACCUCGUCAAGCACUGUGUUCCGAUAGCAGUGGGUACCAGCUCAUUGAAGGCGAUGUUUGAUGUAAAGACAACCAAUCACAAGAAGUUCUUCAGCUUAUUUCACCAUGUUAUAUAUGGCGACCACCCUGAAGUGAAGAACAGUAAGCCUGCCCCUGAUACCUUCCUGGUCGCUGCUCAGAAGUUUGAACCCCCACCAUGCGUGGCAGAUUGCCUCGUGUUUGAAGAUUCCCUGAAUGGAGUUCAGGCCGCAUUGGCAGCAGGAAUGCAGGUGGUUCAAGUUCCAGAUCCACGCCUGGACCCAGAGCUAACGAAGCCAGCCACCUUGGUAAUCAAGUCGGUGGAGGAUUUCAAGCCGGAGUUGUUCGGUUUGCCUGCAUACGAUUAGAGUCUUUGAGCCAGUCUCCAGGCACAGAAUGGGGUUCUCUUUCUCCCUUAAUCCUGGGAGAAAGACCAUUCAUACAUGAAGCCAGUUCCAUCUCAUCGAAUCCUGCCAUUUUACAAUUGCAAAACCUGUUCGAAAGCAAGUGCAAUAUUCAGACCCCCAACAGUAAACUGAAGAUGAUCUCUGCACCUCCACUGGGGUCCCAGCCUUUAUCCCACUCUGGUUUUACACUCUGUGAAACUGAAGCGGCUAAUUCAAUUUGGUGAAGAAUCUAACAUAACUCUAGAGCCGUGAUUGUAAACAAAAAGAAUUACAGUGUGCUUAUUGUCAGAUUUAUUUUCCAUCAGUGGUAAAUCACCAAUUGGAGACCUAUGGCAUCCAAUCACCUACUUUACAUUUAGAUCAUAAAGUACAAGGAUCCCUAUUGGUGUUUCUGGCACGAGGGUCCCCCUUGGUUUUUCUGGAUGGCCAUUAAAUUCAAGGUUGUCACCCCCUGUGGACCCGUGAAUAAUGAGGACUGGGAUGUCCUUAGAGGGUGCAGAGUUCAGCUUCAGUGCAUUGGCCAGUGUAAAUCCACCAAUUCAUAUACAUCAGUACAAUUUCUUUUGCACUACUUCUGUUCAUGAAAUGGAAACGGUGCCUUUCACCAUUGGGGUCCAUCAAUUUAUAGCUGUGCACACUGACUGUACUGUUUUCAGUCAGACCCUAAAUUAGGGUUGCGGUGAGUUUGUUCUGUCCAUUUGCUUUGAGUUUUGUUUCUGAUAGCUCUCUCGCAAUCCUUCCUACCUUUAAAUCUGAUUGAGAGAGCCAUUUUACAACUCAUUAUCUACCAGAUUAUUGUCAUUAUUUUUAUUGCAGAAUUAAAAUAUUCUCUGCAUGUUAAAAGUGAGGAAUGACAGAGCAAAUGAUAAUCAACACACACCUGAGGACAGAUACAUUCUGAAAUAGUACAGAGGUUGAUCAGCCAUCUCACAAUUAUCAAAGGAAGCGAUAGUGCAAAUUACCAAUGCGUUGUUUAAAGAUGUGAUCUGCAUUCUAAGAUCAAAUAUUUUUAAACUGUUGAGAACAGUUGUGUCAUUGUUUUUUUCUCUGUUUCAUGCACCCCUCCCCAACCUCCUGCUGCCUCGGUGACAUGUUAUAGAAACAGCAAAUGCUGGAGUGCUCAGCAGGUUAGGCAGCAACCCUGCAGAGAAACAAUUCAGGUCAAUAACCUUUCAUCAGAAGCCCUGAUUCGCUGAACGUCUACAGCAUUUUCUGUUUUUAUUUCAAGUUUCAGGCACCUGUGUUUUACUGUUUGUGACGUGUUUAAUGCAGUUUGACGUCCAGGACACUCUGCAUAGUUGUGCAAAUUACUCAUGGGGAGGAUAAAGUUAUGGUUAUGUUAUCUUUUUUAUGGAUAUAAUAUCAUAAUUCCCUCCUUGACUUCAUUGCUGAAAUAACCCCAAUGCAUUGACAAAUAAAAAUUUUUAAAAAAAAUUGCAGGUGCUGGAAAUCUGAAAUAAAAACUGAAAGCACUGGAAAUACUCAGCAGGUUGGGUAGCAUCUGUAACAAGAGAAACACAGUUCAUGUUUCAGAUCAGUUACCUGUCAUCAGAAGUUCUGUUUUUAUUCUAUGGAGUCAGAGGGUGGGGUGAAAAAUACCUCAAAGUGUAUCAUACGAGUGAUUGAGAGAAUAUAUGUCCUGUAUGUGAAGUUCUUGGAUGUGGACAGGUUGCACAUGCACAUACCACUCAGGGCUUUAUAUUGUAUAAUUCCAGCUGUCAAUAGAUAUGGAUCUAUUACUGUUUACUUGCCCAAUGCUGCUGAACUAUAAAAGCACUCAUUUUCUGUCAGCCAUGUUAUUAUGAAUAGAUCAUCACAACUGGUGGAAAAUCUAUUUCACCAGUUUAUGAAAUGUAAACCUGCCUUAUUAGGGCUGUUUGGGUACAGUGAUGGAGUACAGUGGAUGGAGCAUAACUCUGCUUUCAACUGUACCUGGUGAAAGUGGCCUAGAACUUGAAGCUCACCACUCUAAAGACCCUCACCUUUAGGAGUAGAAAUGUUCAAUGAAAGCAAACCCUCCAUCUAUUCUAUCUGUUUAUGGUUAUGAAAUUAACUUUGAAAUGUUGGUGUUCUAAGAUUUGCAAAUUCUGGACUUGCUUAGAAUUAGUUCCUGUAAUGGUUAUGUUAAUCAACUUGAAUCAUUAUAUGGCAAAGCCCAUGUCUUACAAAGUUUAAAUACUGAAGGAUUUUACUCAUUAGAAAGUUUUGAGAUGUUUCCAGAAAGUAUUUAUUUUACUCAUUUUCUGUCAAUUUAUGGUGAUGUCAUAUCUAUUUUGUAUCUCUGCCUGGGAAGAUAAUUAUUUGAUAUGUUUCAGUAAUUAUUAAAUAUUACUGUGUCUUUAAAACAA